GGCGAGGCUCGGAUGCUCAGCACUGAGCCUCCCAUGAAUUCAGCGGGGUAACGCGUUCUCUGACCGAAAUCCGCAAUGAAAGAAGCGACGCUUGCCGCUGACCGACCCUGGUCCCCUUUUGCGCAGGCUCAGCCUGUCCCUCCCUCCAUCGUCCCCGGAGAAGCAUGCCCACCGGAAGUGCAGCUGCAGCCACUAAGACCAGGUGGCUGCGCUGGAAGCUGACCUGGGGCUCCCCGCGCGCAAGCUGCCGGGGCGUGCUCGCCCUUCGCUGGGUGCCGUCUGGGAAGACCGCGGCCAGCAGCUGGAGGAGGAGGCGGCGGCGGCGAGCCCAGCCUUUCCGCGGAAUCCUUCUGGGGGUGACGGCCAAAAGCGAGCAGAAGGUACCGCCAAGAGGAAGACACAAUAGUGAAAGAACGGCGGCGGUGACAACCGCGCGCCCUGGUCCGGGGAAUGGAGACGCGCGGGAGCGGCUCCUCUUCCUCCAGCCUUCCUGGCCCGCUCCCUUCUCCCCGGGGGGCGUUUUAAAGUUUCAGCAUGGCCGCCCCCCGGAUUAAGCGGGAGUCUCGCGAGCCAGCCGGGCUGCCGAGGGGAAGGGAAAGCCCGCGGCGCGGAGGGUGCCGGAGAAGGCGGCUACGCUAAAGCGAGCCUACCAUGCCGGAAUGGGGGCGCCUGCCUUGCGCACAGCCUGAGCUCGUCGCUGCUGUGCGGGAGGACGGCGCUGCGGUUUGGGAGCGAGGCCGAGGAAGGGAGAGCGGGCGGGCUCUCGCUCCCCGGCGCGAGGAGGUCUGCUGAGGGACAUGGGUGCCACCAAAAGGGGCUCCGGAGCGGCUGAAGCCUGAAGAAGAGCCCGGCAGGGCGAGUCGGCGGCGGCCGCUGAAGAAGCAGCCUCGACCCCGCCCCCGCCAUAGCUGUGCCUGAGCGUCGGGAGAGAAGGGGACUGUCGCCGGCCCUGCUAGAUGGCGAACUCCAGCGAGUUCAGCAGCAGCAGCAGCCCCCACCUACCCAGCCCCGGCAGCCUCCUGGGCGCCUCUGGCCUGAAGCUGGCCUCCCUGGGCUUCAUCCUUUGCCUCAGCCUUGCUGGCAACCUGCUGUUUGCUUGGCUCAUCCUCAAGGACCGCCAAUUGCACAGGGCCCCUUAUUACUUGCUCCUGGACCUGUGCCUGGCAGAUGGCUUGCGCUCCCUGGCCUGCUUCCCCUUUGUCAUGCUUUCGGUGCACAGCGGGGCGGGCUUCUGGCCCCAUGGGCUGCUCAGUUGCAAAGUGCUGGCUUUCCUGUCGGUGCUGUUCUGCUUCCACGCCGCCUUUCUGCUCUUCUGCGUGGGGGUGACGCGCUACAUGGCCAUUGCCCAUCACCGCUUCUAUGCCAAGCGCAUGACUGGCUGGACCUGUUUGGCCGUGGUGUUCAUGGUGUGGACGCUCUCCCUGGCCAUGGCCUUCCCCCCUGUCUUUGACGUCGGCACUUACAAGUUCAUCCGUGAGGAGGAGCAGUGCAUCUUUGAGCACCGUUAUGUCAAGGCCAAUGACACCCUGGGUUUCAUGCUCAUGCUUGCCACGGUCAUGGUGGCCACCCACCUGGUUUACAUCAAGCUCCUCUUCUUCAUUCAUAGCCACCGCAAAAUGAAGCCGGCCCAAUUGGUACCAGCCAUUAGCCAGAACUGGACUUUCCAUGGACCUGGAGCUACUGGUCAGGCAGCUGCUAACUGGACAGCUGGCUUUGGCCGGGGUCCUACCCCUCCUACCUUGGUGGGCAUCCGACAAAAUACUACUCAUAGUCAGAUCAAGAGACUGCUGGUCUUAGAGGAAUUUAAAACAGAGAAGAGGAUUUGCAAGAUGUUUUACAUGAUCACCCUCCUAUUCUUGCUUCUUUGGUCUCCUUACAUUGUGACUUGUUAUUUACGUGUCUUCAUCAAGGCCAGCACAAUUCCCCAGAUUUAUUUGACCACCUCUGUCUGGAUGACCUUUGCCCAGGCAGGAGUCAACCCUAUCCUUUGUUUCAUUUUCAACAAGGAACUUAGAGUCUGUUUCAGAUCUCACUUCUUUUGCUGCCAAAGUAUCCAGAAUACUCAAGGCACAAUUCUGUGUGAUCUGAAGAACUUGGGGAUAUAAUUCAUUUUUCCUCAAAAAAGAAAUAAAAUUUAAAAAUGUGUAUGCUUAUUCUGGCAUGUGCACUUGCUAAUGAUUAUCUAAACAAACCUCUUGGCCUCAUCAAACCAAUAGGUUAAAAUAGGGUAUAUUCAGAUUUGGUCUGGGGGGGGGUCUUUUAUGUGUCUCUGUAGGGUAGGAAAGGGGGGAAAAAAACCCAAACAAGACAGGUUCCAUUUUUUUUCUCUGCUCUGAAUUUCUACAGAUAAUUCUGACAUGGAUUAAAGGCCAUAAUUUUUGUGUUAGUUUUUCUUCCCAAUCUUGCCAGUUUUGAUAAAGGUUUAGCAAUUUUAUUCCUUAUGUAAAAUUUGAUAAAAGGUCAAAGCAAAAUUUUAUAGUAAAGUUAUUUUUGAUGACUUCAGAAUCUUGUAUUAUAUUUGUCUUUGAAGAGCAGUGGAGAUGGAGAAACUGAAUUGUGUCUUCUUUGUAGGGAGACUUGGGGCUAAUUUUGUUUCAGUACUUAAAGGUAACUUCCUAUCCUUGCCUGAAAAUAUGGAUACUAUCUUAUACUGAUUAUACUAGAAUCAUUAGGUCAUUUCCUGCUAACCUAAUGAACGUUGUGUCACCUAAUCUGAUGGAGAACUACUUUAAACUUUCUUGUUGUACUGUUUCUUUGAUAGUGUUUCAGAAACUUAUGAAAAAUGGUAGUUUUAAAAGAAAAAAUGUCCAACUUUUAAAACUAUCAGGUUUUUAAAUUAUACUGACUUUCAUACUUUAUUGGCUUUAUAAGAUCUUAUCUACAAACUGGAUAACACUUGUGUAUUUCAACUGUUUUAAUAAAACACUCUCCAGUUUUUUGUACAUGAA